GUUUGAAUGGGUUGGGGGUAGUGCAUUUGAAAAAAUACACCUUGUUCUGGGAUAUGGCACUUUGACAACUUUCCCCCUGCUCUUUCCAUGGAUGCCCUAGGUGCAUUGGAAAGAAAGGUGAUAUAUACAGAAGCGUCCAGUAUUUAUGAAGCUAUACGACUCAAUCAAAAGGUUAUCUUACUGGAUUCGCGUUCGUUUAUGGUAUAUAAUACCAGUCACAUACAUACUGCUAUAAAUAUAGGUGGUAACAGGGCAUUUCAGAGAAAGUUUUCUCAAAAUCAGGUCCCGUUAGAUUUACUUUUAUGUAAACUGACAAACUUGGAAAACCCUACAGAGUUAAGAAAGUUACCAAUUGUUGUCUACGAUGAGUUUAUCGAUUCUGUAUUGAACCUAAUACCUGGAUGCUUCUUGUUUUCUUUAUUGACGCAAUUGACUCUAAAAUUUCCAGUCGUCUUUCUCCUUAAAGGAGGAUUUUUGGGGUUUCAAGCAUCAUUUCCAGAAUUAUGCUGGAUUAAUACAGAAAAAGUUGCGGGUGAAGAUUUUGCCGAAUACUACCAGUGUGACUGCCGAUUAGAACAAAUACUAGAUGCCUGCUUAGGUUAUUCAUCUUCUAGUGACUUUUCUAAAAUCUCGGCAUCCGAAUAUGACAUUUUAUCUGCAUCGGCUACGUCCACUCAUCCAACUUCUAUUUCAUCAAUAUCUUCAAUUUCAUCGAAGUCUACUCCAUCUUCUUUCCAAAUUCCAUCGAAGGAACAGUUUUCAGGUGGGAUUUCCAGAACAUUAAGAUCAGUAAACUUUUACUGUGUUGAAAAUUUCGUUCAACCACUAAUUUCGAUUAACGAUCUCAUUAUAAACAAUAAUAUGGAUCUUUUUAUUUGUUUAUAAAAGCAUUUCAGGCCUUAUUAAACAGACCAAAAUGUCGACCAUUUGUAUGCUCUUAAUAAUACAGAUCUUCAUUCUCUUUCACUGGAAAUUAUGCAACAUUUGUCUUUUUUUCCAUGCAAUCUCUUAUUUUUGAUAACCAUGUCAAUUUCUUGUCAACCCAACCAUUUAUUUUACGAAAAAUUUAGUUGGAGUAUAAUAUUUCAGCUUCUCAAGACUCAUUAAUGACACAGCAGUUAGUGUUUCAUCUAUUAUUUUAGUUUGGGCCGGAAUCACGUAAUCGAUUGCAUCAAACUAGAUCACCAAAUUAUUGGUUGGGUGUAAGAGAUUAGAUUAAGUGGCGUAUUCGCAUCAUACGAACCACUACGUUUCAGUUAUACAUACCUAUCUGAUAAUCAUACUACUCAGGAUACCAAAAUAUUAGGCAAUAUUAAGUAGUUAAAUUAUGAAUCAACAUUUUAGUCUGUCGAUUAAUGAGUUGAAAACCUCUCUACUCCAGGUUUUGAUCGUUAUCGUUACUUAUUUUAAUGAGUAAAUUAGUCAAUAUUACUUUUCUACAUAGUAAUGGCUCUUCUCCGUUAUAGGUUCGGUGUAAUCUGAUAUUUCUGGGGCUCAAUGAGAUCUAAAGUACUGACAGAGCAGUCGAGUUUGUUGUAAAUUCGUUUGUUAUUAAUAGAAUCCUUUCUGAUUUCCAUUUCCAUCCACUUGAUUACAUUGAGAACAACUGUAAUGAAAUAAAAAACCAUAUCUUCAAGGAAUGAAAUGUAUAAUUACUAGUUUCAUCCGGAUUACAUCUUGAAACUGUCAGUAUGAAUAAACCGGAGAUAAUCUAAAUCACUGGCUUUAUGUACCAAAAUAUUUCGUUCUAUGCAUACGUUCAAUUGCCCUCCCGGUAUUCAACCAUUUUCUUUAAAAUUUAUAUUGUUGUAUCUUCUAUACUUUUGGUAUUUCGAUUUUCUUACAUCUCUUUUCAUAUCCUAUCAGGGAAUUUAUCAAUCGAUUUAGUAAAACCUGCGCCACCAAUACUUUUUUCAACUCUGUCUCCAUACUGUGUGCAGAAAUCGUCUCUAAAGUACUCGCUGCUUUUAAGUUAUGUGCAUUAAUUCCAAAACAUUGAAAUUCCAUAGCAUCAGACGUAUUAAGUUUUUUUUUGAUUUUGAGAAUAUACGUUAGUUCAUUCGAAGAAAUUUAUUUUCAGUUAACAGUAAAUUUAUAUCAGUCAGGAAACUCAACAUCAGUUUUAAUCAUUUUGACUUCCAUGGUUUUAGUUUUAUCAACGAAAACAAACAAUGCUUUUUAUCACUUUAUUUCCAAAUAAUUUUAGUCCUGAUGUACCUGUGGAUAAUCGUUCAAGAUCGAUUAUAGAAAUGAAAGUUGAUAAUACUGGUAGUACAUUAACUCGUCCGUCUCCAAUUCUGCCACAUUUAAUAUUAGGAAGUCAGGAAGAUGCUAAUUCUUCAACUAUUUGUAAACGUUAUGGAAUUACUCAUAUUCUUAAUGUAUCUCUUGAAGGCAGUAUUCCUUCACAUAUUCCCAGUCAAAAUUUUUAUCAAAUUCCUGUGAACGACAAUUAUACUGAUCUCAUGACACCAUACUUCAAAGAUGCUUUUGCAUUUAUUGGUAAUUCUUUAAUUGUUUAUGUCUUUAUCCUUAAUGAAAACUAAUUUAAAAAACUAUGUUGCUUAUUAUUUUCUUUGUGCGUACAAUUUAACAACUUAGUAACUAUUAAAAAGAAUGGUAAUGGUAUGUUACUAACUGUGGAGCUCUAGUUUAUUGGCUUAGGCAUCCAGAUAUCAGCUGAUGUAAGUUGUAUGUUUAAACAUUGGUCCACCCAUUGUGGGUUGGUCUUUGAGUUUCCGAGAUACUAACCAUCAUUAUAGUUUCCAAUAAUCAUAACGAAUGUAAUAAUGUAAUAUAUAUGUUGAGAUCCAUAAAAUAAGAUAUUUCUCCUGAUUUUCCUUAAUAUGGUUGUACAUUUUUUUGGUCUAAUAAGUAAAUACCAAUAUCUUAGCUUACGUUUACCACAACAGUUUGCUUAGAGCUGUUUAAAAGACAUACUUUAGCUAGUGAGUAAAACUCGAUGCAUAGAUGUGCCUGGUCCUACUUUGUAGCUGACUGACUGACUGAAAACUCGAAAGCUACUAUCUCAUGUUGCUUUCGUCCUUACCAUUCUCCUGUUUACUUUGUUAUAAGUACUUUCAUAAAUUUUACAGUAGUUUGUACCUCUUCUCAUCCUUAGUGGUUGGUCAAUAGAGGUAGUUGGAUUUGAGUAUUUAUUUCGAUGUGUAAGAUAAUACUAUUGUGGCAGACAGAAUUUAUAUUCUAAGAGAGCUAUAGCUUUUUAAACCUUACCUUUUCUUCUGAACCCCUACUCGAUCCCGAUGACAACACGAUAUAAGCGAUGAUAAAGUGAGAAAUAAUACAGACCCUUAUUUAGUCAGAUAAUUCAUUUGAAACACUUUUUUACAUAUUCUGGAAUUCGGAUUCCAAUAUUAAAUGCUGCCAAGUUUAGGAAAUGGAAGGGUAACCAGUUUAUGGUAUGUAACCGCAGAGAAAAUAGUAGUUGUAUUGUGUCAGUAUCUGUUGCCGGAUCACUGCUACCUAGUUAGGGGUUCUAUAAACCGUAGGACUUUGUAAGGCGUUGCUCACAACCAGUGACUGGUGAUCUGGUCACAUUUCUCGUUUUGGACCAGGAAUCCGAUAUAUAAAACACUAGUUAAGGAAAACUAAAACAUACUACGGAAGGAAAUUAGGCUAAGGAAGGAUGUGCACGCGGAAUUCGGACUUGAAUCGGUGGAUCGCCGACGCUUGAGCAGUACAUAAGUUUUUGAUUCGACCUCCCCUCUACCCAGUUCAUUAAUUGUGUAGAUUAUUUUAAAGUAAGACUCCUUCGGAGCGACGUGUCCAGAGUCAAUUAGAUGCUACUGUAUUGAACUGGUGAUUGUUUUGCGUUCUUUUAAAAACCACACCGGGUGAUGUUCUGAGGUGCAUUUAGAAAGUGAUCGCUUUGUGCUGUCGAUGUAACCUGCCCCACAAAAGCAAAUAAAUUUAUAGAUGCACAUCGAUGUGGCACAAAGCGGAAGUUUAUCCUUAACGCAUCCGUAAAUAGUAGGCGGCCUUGAGAAGGCAAUGAGGAGCUUAGCUAUGUAGAAGGUAUUAUUCAGAGAUUUUGAGAUCCAUUUAUUUAAGAUUUCAGCGGCCGUAUUUCCUUUAAGUUCGAUUAUCAUAAAACGAGUUUAAUUUUGAACCGUUGGUGCUUUCUCAGGAUGUUGUAUAGAUGCUAAGUUCCUAUCGAAGAAUCUAGGUGGAUAACCAUUUUUAUGAGUGUCUGUCGAAGUUGAAGUAGUUCGUCAUCUAUUGUGUCAUCAGAACAUAUUCUCCUAAUCCUUGAGGAUAUAGAGUGAAUUAGGUUUCUCUUUCUACUCAGUGGGACCCACCUGUGGAAAUCCGUAUAUUGACCAUUCCAGGUCGGUUUUCUAUACACAGAUCUCUGUAAAGAACCACCCGACUUUUUCAACUGGAUAUCAAGAACAUGAAAUUCCUCAUUCGCCUCUGCCUCCAAUGUGAAUUGAGUUAAGCGGCAACGAUAAUUGAAUCGGUUCAAAAUCUCAUUGAGGUCCAUAUCUUCUUCACAAACAAUGAAGGUAUCGUCAAUAUAUCUUAUGUAAAUGAAAUCUCUCAAUUAUUGGUUGAGGCGUUGACGAUACAUCAAUUCAAACCGGAACUCUGCGUGCAAAAAUGAUACGUCCAACCUCUCGUCCUUUCGCGGCCCUAAUUCCCUUCUCUAGCGUGUUUCAGUUUGUUUUGACUUCGAGAACUAAUUAUAUAUGCUACUUAUAAAACGAUCAGUUUCAAAGGAUACUAGUAUAAUGCACUGUAACGAUAUUUUUUCAAAACGAUUUAUUUGCAGAGUCUGCUAAAGCAGCCCAUGGACGAGUUUUGAUUCAUUGUUCAGCUGGAAUAUCUCGGUCACCUACUCUAGCAAUUGCCUAUCUUAUGUAUUCAUGUCGAAUGAAAAUGCAUGAAGCAUACGAGUAAGUUUAAUUUAGAUGCUUUACUUCUAUUUUAGUUUGUUGUAUACUUGCGUACCUAACAUCUUUGUUGAGUUUUAAUUUUGUAUGCAAAAUGAUGUCUUAGUUUUUUUUGUGCUGACUGAAUGAUAUUAUUUUUAAAAAGUUUCGUGACUAACUUAGGGUUAUCGAAGUAGUAUAGUAUUAUCUUUCUUCUAAAUCUAUUUGUACGACAUUACUAGUAUGAUGUGUAGUUUUUUUGUUAAUGUAUUAUAGCAUUCAUCGAUUCAUACCAUCUAUUUAUUCAGUAGAAAUUACUUUUCUACUCAUUUUAUCUCGUAAUAAUCAGUAAUUGUUUGAUAGAAAAAUAAUGUAAAGCUGUAGGUUGCCAUUGACAAAUUUUACUUGUGAUAAAAAGCUAAUAAUUUGUGCUUUUAUCAAGUCAUCUUGUAGAGGGCGUCUAAAUUUUGUCUUCAUUAUCGAAAUACCAGAUGAUCUUGAUAGGCAAGUUAAAAAUAAUCACUACUUAUGUUGUUAGAUGGAUUUUAUGUGCCUGUAUAUAGUUAUAAUAAGUAAAUUAAAAGAUUCAAAUUGUUUCUACAGUAUGAGGAGUGUCGUAGCAGCUCUUAUAGAUUGAUAAUGCACAUAAUUUUGAUACAAAUACGUAUACGUUCCCUUGGUAACCAUCAAAAUAAGUUGUUCGUGAUGUUAACUAUGUUGAUUACCUUUUAGAAGACGGACCUGUCUCUCAAUAAUACAGUUUCUAUUUCCAGUGCGUGUUGUGCGAUGAGAUCAUUGGUGAAUUAUUGUUUAAGUUCUGUACGUAGUUUUGCAUUGAUAGGGUAAGUUAGUUUAUAGAAUUUGACAACUGCAGCGGUUAAAAUUGUUAGCUGUGUUACUCAAUGUUUGCUGCUCCUUACACUAAAGUGUUAUCUUGGAUGAAGUGAAAAUGUAAAUUUAGGAAAGAAUAUUUCAAUGAACUAAAUUUUUAUGGUCGUUCAGUGUUAAAACGCAUUAUUUUGAAACACCGUUCUUUUUUGCGGGAUAGUUAACUUUAAACCUCGGAACAUGUCAGGUUGCUUUCCUCCCUCAGUAAAGAUAUACACUUUUCAACCUUUUUUUUGUAAAUUAGAUAUAAUAUUUACAAAAUGUUUGUUAUUUUUUUAAUAGAUAGUAUUUACUUUAUCUUUGUGCAUAAACUUAUCAAUUUAGCCACAGUUUGUUUUUUACCUCUGCUGAAUUAGAAAAGAAUUUCAAAUUGUAUACAGAUUUAACUUUUUUUCUCAUUGUAUAAUACAACCCCAUUAUGCUUGUCAAGUUAGGAGUAGUUUAUGUAAUUGUAUAAUAAUGAAGUUAAAUUUAUUGUCUCCCGUUGCUUAAUUGUUAACAUUUCUAUCGAUUUUCUAGUGUUGUUAAAUCUGGACGAAACAGCGUUGCUCCUAAUUUUAAUUUUCUUGGACAGUUGUUGGAGUUUGAGCAUCAACUUCAUGAUUCUGGUUGUAGUGAAGCUUCCAUUCCAAUCGAUAGCACUCCGACUUUUGACAGCCCUGCUAGUUCGUGUUCAAUUCUAAGCAUGUCCGCAGAGAUGCAAAGCUCUUCUAUGUUAAAGUCUGGUCUUCAUUCGUCAUCAUUAUCACUAAAUUUAACUCCAACAUCUCCGAAGAUAUUAUCUAAGAAACGGGAAAGACCAACAUACCUUGGUUUGGAGGCUACUUCAUCUUUUGCAGGAGUUUUAGGAGGAUCUGUUGGAAAAAGUUCGCUACACUGUGGAGGGUCGGUUAGACCAAUUCCUGAGUCUGGAAUAAGCCCAACUGAAGAAAAACGUAGCAGAGUUUCAGCGUUAUUGUCACCUACUCAAUCUUCUAAUCCAUUAUUACCGUCUCCUUGCACUGGUUUGUCUAAGCUAGAGAUAUCUUCACCCUUAGAAGAGUAUCGAUCUUUACUUUCUGUUUCUCGUGCUCCAUCGUCUUUUGUUCCUGCACAUGUGCUUCCGGGUCCUGAAUCUGCCAUACAGAUACUUAAAUUCAAACCUUUUCUUUCAUCUUAUACAAGUUUACAAACUUUGAAAUUUGAACCAUGCUCAACUGUUAUGCCACCACAUCCCAUCCAAUUAACCGCUACACUUUCACCAGCUAGUAUUCUUAGACUUCGUCGUUCAUCAUCGACAGUUGGUACCGCAAGACCAACUUUGCUUGCUCAGCGUCGUCUUUCUUCACAUGCAAGCGCACCACCGACCCCAAGGCCAGUAUCUACCGACGGAAGUCAUCCAGUUUAUCGUAGUAUUUUGCAUCCACAUGGAGCAUUUCGUUUACCAAGUAACUUGCCAUCAACUAGUUCAUCUAGAGUGAGAGAGCUUAGUCCUUCCACCCCAAUAUCUCAAGAACCAAAGCUUGAAUACGAACAGCUGCAGAAGUGUAAUGCGAAUGUUGUUGGGAAUGAAUCAUUUAAAAGCCAGGUUUCUCCCACAGGUUGUUCAAAAUUUCUUUCAUAUUGUCGAAAACCUAGUCUACCUGUUAAUUUAUUGCGCUCACAUAGCAAUGAAAGCUUAAACAGAAGCUACAUAAAAAGUGACAAAUUUCAGGGUUGUCUCAUUUCAUCAUCUAGAUGUUUCAAUACAUCUAAUCUCAGUCGUAGUGCCCCAUCACAACGUGAUAUAGAUCUAGUCUUUUUUGGGGAUCAGGGUUAUUCGAAUAAUUCCUCUCAUCUCUUUUCUCUACGCAGGUCUUUACCUGUUCCCGGUGAGCUUACUUCAUCGUCUCCAAUGGAUUCAAAGAGAUUCGACCCUGGACAGUUGUCAACCAACCUAAAAAUAACCAAUAUUGCUACAACCAUGCGGUUAAUACCAAAAGGUACUAGUGUGGAUACUUCUUGUCGACUUCAACAACAAUCCUUUGUGCAAUCAUCUGGUAGUAGCAGUCCAUCACCAUCGGCUAGCCAUAAUUCACCACAUAACAGUAGUAGUUAUAGUCUAUUCCCAAUUUCUUAAGGAACAUUUUGUCAACAGUAUUUCCUUCCUUGCUUUUUUCUACGAUCAACAUUUAAAAAACUAGUUUGGUUGGUUCAUUUUCUUUUUUUGCUAAGUAUUUGUAAAUAAACUUAGUGCAUUUACCGACUAGAACUAAAUCUGUUUGUAUAACGACUAAUAUUACUGCGAUUAAUAACAGCCUUGACUUGUUUUGCUAUCCAGGUUUUUUAAAGGCUUAUGCAUAGUGACUGUUUACCACUCUGAUUUUAAGCCUUUUAUUAGGGUGUUAUCGUGCCAAUUUGUCUUGUUUUUUUUUUCAGUGUUCUCUCCCCACUUUGUUUUCCUUCUUUCCUCAAUGCUUCACCUAUUUAUUUUGUCCGAAUAAUUGAUUACAUGCAUUUUACAACUUUGUUUAUACCUUAAACAUUCCAUCAUUUUAAGUACUACAAUAGUAUCCUUACUGGCUUAGUUAAAAGUGUUCUGGUUGAACAAUUGUUAUAUAUAUGUACAUGGAAAAAUAAACGCACAAAUAAUUCACUUGUGCCUUACAUAAUAUUUUAAUAGUUUACUUGACUGUAAAUAUCCCUAACAUUUUUUCUUUUAAUGUGUACACAUAGGGAAGAACCAGUUUCUUUUUUUGUUUCUUUUUUAAACUUUUUUUUAUUGUACGUCGAACAUUUGUCUUAUACUACCUACCUACUUAUGUACAUGUAUACUAUAUAUACUGUAUUUGUUCUAGGGAUUUUUCGAAUUAAAUCAAUUUGUUUUCUACAAAUUAUCCUCUUUCCUUUUAUCUCAUACUUUUCGUCUAGAAAAUAAAACAGUUGACUGGUAUUUUAGUCGAUAGAUUACUCCUUGUUUGAUAUCCCAAAAGAGAAACUUGUAGGCCAACUAUAUUUCAAUUGGAAAUAUUGCGACGAAAUUCUCCUUUUUUGGAUUUCUCUUAAGUAAUUAAUAAAAUAAAAUUGUUGCCUGAUGUACUGGUUUGCUAUUAUAAAAAUCAUGCAAACCAUACCAAAGCUAAAUACUUCUUGAUAAAUAUGUUUAAUUAUGGGGUUGUGGAGAUUGUUGAAUUUGAUUAAAAUCGUGAACCGAUCUAAUUUAGACCACCAUUAAUAACCUGGAAGGACUGGAUGGCCACUUCAUUGUAGUAUGAGACACCCCAGCAGUGCAUAUCCACGAUUUUGUGCUUACCAAUGGCUAGUUCUGAGAGGAAAUUUCCUCGAUUUUAGUGAUAUGUCGUGCCCAGUGCGUGUCGGGUGUGAGUCAUUUACCCACCGAAGACAAUGAAAGAUGGUCAUGCAAUAUCAUGGAUUGAUUGACAUUAACACUGUUGGCUGCCGGCUCAGUGUUCUAGGGGUUAAGCACUCUCUCGAGACCAAAGGUCCUA